AUGGGCUGUGGCAGCAGCAAGAAGCAGAUCGGAAGCGAUCUUCCUCAACGCAAGCCUCCUUCAUCUGCACAACUAUCGCAAUCCUCUGCUUCAUCUGGACAGCCACCGCAAUCCUCUUCAAGAGUUCCUUCUUCUGCUGGUGCUGCUGGUGCUGCUGGUGCUGGUGCUGCUGGUGCUGGUGCUGGUGCUGCUGGUGCUGGUGCUGCUGGUGCUGCUGGUACUGGUGCUGCUGGUGCUGGUGCUGCUGGUACUGGUGCUGCUGGUGCUGCUGGCGCUGGACAGCCUUUGCAGUCCUCGCCCCAGCAAACUCCUGGCAUUUUACCUUCGUCUCAGCAGAAGUUGCAGCCCUUCCCAAAGCCACAGCCAAAGCUCUCUCAACGAGUGUCCCCUCCAGCUGGAGAGCCUGUGAGGCUCUUACCACCCGGUAGUCAUUCGGCCGGCCCGCAAACGUUGUCUGCUGCUCAUAUUUUCGAGCAAUUGUCAAGGUUUUGA